AUGAAAUUUGUAUCCCUCCCAGUGUCUGAGUCACUGCAGCUCCUUUCCUUGCCAAAUGCAAGAAGCGGCGCCGGCCAGGUCGCUGCCCUGCAGCUCGCCGCCCAGCUCGCCUCGGCCCGCCCCCUCCCCUCCUUGGCCGGCCUCCUCGCGCCCUGUCAGACCGUGGCGGCCAGCCGCGCGGCGCACCUCCCUCCGCCUUCAGUAUUGCGAGGCGGCCCGCUCGCGGGCACACCCCCACCUCCCUGCCGGCAUUACCGCCCGCGUCGCGCUCCGCCCUGCUCUGCUCUCGACCGCUCCGCCGCUCGCCUUCCCGCCCGAGGCAACAUGGCCCACGCGCCGGCACGCUACUCCAGCCCCCGGGACUCCGGGGACUGUGAGAUGAGCAAGCCCAGGAAGGUGGCGCUCAUCACCGGCAUCACCGGCCAGGAUGGUUCGUACUUGGCUGAGUUCCUGCUAGAGAAAGGCUAUGAGGUCCAUGGAAUUGUACGGCGAUCUAGUUCAUUCAAUACAGGUCGAAUUGAACAUCUCUAUAAGAAUCCCCAAGCUCAUAUUGAAGGAAACAUGAAGUUGCACUAUGGUGAUCUCACUGACAGUACCUGCCUUGUGAAGAUCAUAAAUGAAGUGAAGCCUACAGAGAUCUACAACCUUGGUGCCCAGAGCCACGUCAAA